AUGGCAGCUGCUGUAAAUCAUCAGUCGAGACGGAUUUGGCACAAGCUGAGAUUUGGCACAGUGUGUGACACGCUCGAGUUGAACGAUUGGACAGUGGGUUACGAUGCGAUUCGAGAAGUGCCCUUUGCCCACGAUGGCAGCAGCAACUUCAUCUCCCAUGAUGACCUUCAAAGCAUUACUGCAAAGAUAAACCUGGCCAAAGACCAAGGACUCGGCGGGGUGAUGGCCUGGUCCGUGGAUCAGGACGACUGCAAGCCCCUGUGCUACUCCUCCAAUUUCGUGCCCCACGGCGAUCCCCAGAUGGCUUGUGAUCGGGAUGAAGCCAUCGAGGAGCGACUGGGACGAGAAGAGCAAAAACUCCGAACGGAAAUGAAGCGAGCACCCCCUGCCCCUUCUUGCCCCGCUGUCUCGGCACAGCUUGCAAUCUUCGCGGCCGGGCAGCUCGCCCUCCUCGCAGCCUCGCCCUUCUUCCGCGUCUUCGCCUCUCGACUCGAGAACGGGUCCGCCUUCGAUCCUCCCCGCCUUCCCUCCGCCUUCGAUCCUCCUCGCCUUCCCAUUCCCUUCGAUCCUCCCCGCCUUCCUUCCGCCUUCGAUCUUCCUCGCCUUCCCUACGCCGUGAACGACUCCGACUUCCUCCCGGCAGGCACCCUCACAGUGUUUGACUUCGAGAUCGAAAUUCAGCCUCCAGCCGUCGACCCGCUUUUCGGAGAGGCAUCGGCUUACCCGCCUUCCUCGGACGAAGGCGGUCGCCCCAAGCGCCGGAAGGCCCUGCCCGACCUCGCCCCCCUCCAGAAGGCCUCGCCUUCCCUCACCGCCUCCCUCCAGAAGGCCUCGCCUCCCCUCACGGCCGGCGACACGAUGUUCUUCGCCGGCGAGGCCGCCUUCUUCCUCGGAUCCAUCUUCCUCCUCCUGCUCGCGACCCAGCUCUACUGCGAACGCCGGGCCGGCCCGGAUCGCCUCGAAGGCGGCUUCGUGCGGAAUGCCACCACGUGA